UGACCAGUGGAGGAGCAACUUGCGUUAUCCCCGCCGCUGCCAUUUCUUUCUACGAACGGUAAUUCGGGUUCACGAUGAAUAACCCUCUUCCUCUUGAAGACUAUCGAAGAUAUGGGAGGCAAAUGAUUCUCGAUGGUUUUGGUCUGCCUGGUCAGCUAAAAUUGCGGAGUGCCUCUGUCGUUGUCGUAGGAGCUGGUGGUCUGGGAUGUCCUGCGCUGCAAUACCUUGGGUCCUCUGGAAUAGGAAAAAUAGGAAUCAUCGAUCACGACAAAGUCGAACUAUCAAAUUUACAGAGGCAAAUUCUGCACAACGAAGAAACGCUUGGACUGUCCAAAGCAGAAUCUGCUACAAUCGCUCUCAGAAGAAUCAAUUCGUCUCUUGCCAUAGACACUAUAACAGAAGCUUUGACGCCACAAAACGCGCUUUCAUUGCUUUCACCUUACGACGUGAUUCUCGAUUGUACCGACAAUGCGCCUACUCGAUAUCUCUUAUCCGACACUGCUGUAGCAUUAGGGAAACCCCUCGUUAGCGGAGCUGCUCAGAAAUUCGAAGGUCAACUCUGUAUCUACAAUUUCGGUGAAACAGGACCUUGCUACAGAUGUUUGUUCCCCAAACCUCCUGCACCAGAAAACGUUGGAACCUGCGAAGAAACAGGCAUUUUGGGAGCUGUUACGGGAAUUAUUGGAAACUUGCAAGCACUCGAAACUAUCAAAAUCAUAACGGGACUGCAUGAUGGCAAACCUUCCUUAUUGAUAUUUUCUGCCUUGGGCUCUCCGCCUUUCCGUAGUAUCAAACUUCGGUCACGAAAAACGACUUGUCCUGCUUGUGGUGAUGAGAAGCAAAGGAUCGGGGAGAUUAAAGAUAUCGACUAUGUCCAGUUCUGUGGAGGUCAAACUCCUGAUUGGCAGAAAAGAGGGCUUGUGGAAGGAAGCACUGACCAAAGAAUUUCCGCUACUGUCUUCAAAGCUUUGAUUGACAGAGAGCAAGUCAAUGUCAUCGACGUACGACCGAAGACCGAAUUCGGAAUCUGUCAUUUGCCCAAUUCCACCCAUAUACCGUUGAACGAUAUCGUAGCCAACCCAUCUGCUUACGUGCCCUCAAGUCCCGGAACACAUACGUACUUCGUGUGUAGACUCGGAAAUGAUUCACAGAUAGCCGCUGAUGCGGUCAAGAGCGUACUUCCUGACAAAAGCGAGAUCAUUGUGAAGGAUGUAAUUGGAGGUUUGAGAGCUUGGGCCAAAGAUGUGGAUCCGACUUUUCCUGUAUAUUAA